AUGGAGCUGGUGAGCGAAUGGACCAAUGAGCAAGUUUCGCUACACGACAAUCACGAGGAUCGACCAUACCUGAGCAAUAUCGAAGAAGACCCAGAGAAUAAAUGGGUUGAAGCGUUGUUCAAUCUCAACGCGAAAGUGGGCAAAAAUCAAAGAGCUAUUUUAGUGUUCAAUCCGGCGUGCGAGAAAGGCUUUGUGGACUUUGUGGAGUCAGGUUUGAACACGAAUCUCGGUGCGACCGCUGAAUGGAGACGUCCAAAACUGCAACCUGCUUGUUCGUUUGAAGAGACGUUUGAUCUCUCCAUGCAACUCCUCCUUCUCAUCGGGGAUACCUCCCAACGAAGGACGGAGCUGGAUACAUCUGGCAAUAUCCAUGCUUUCACAGGAUUCGAGACCUCUCUUGCCAAUGGGGCAUCUAAUCCAGCAUCGUCUGGGUUUCUCACCUAUCUGGGAGAUGAUUUGCUUCUGCUAUCAUGCUACCUAAGGCUUCUAGGCUCUCUUUGCUCGAUGCUCGAAUGCUUCAACCGUAUCAUUGCGAGAUCUGACAAAGGCUCUUUGGAUCACGCAAUUCGAUACAUUCACUCGUUCCUCCCACGUAUCCAAAUGGGCGCGGUGUCAUUAUGUGCCAACCCUCGCUUCGAUAUAGCGAUGGUCUUAAACUCAGCCGAAAGCACUUUGGUUGAACUCAAUGAGUGUAUAGUGAAGAGGCUCCUAACCAAUACGCUGGAAAGACCCCCAGCGGAUAUGCCGGCCCUCUUCAUGGACUGCUUUUUGGAACAAAGUGAUAGGUCCUCAUUUUCGGACCAAGGUGAUUCCUCUGAAAUGAGGCCGUCAUGGCAAAUGACUAUCCGUGAUAUUCAAUCCACGGCCUUAGAGAAGAUCAGUAUGCUGAAAAGGGCGAUAUUAAUAGAAAACUCUGAAUUAAAAUAG